GGCUUUCUUGUAGUUGUAUAGUAUCUGGUGACUUCUGUCGAGUGUGAGACGCCUCGUGUAUAUAUUGGACCAAAGGGAAGGCUGAAAAAACCAUUUCAAUUGGUCAAAACAAGGAUGAAUGAAGAAACAUUGAAGACCAAGGACGGCGGAGAGGAAUUGGUGAAUAGAUCGUAUUCCGUAGAAGACGAGCCGGCUCAUGGUAGUGCUGAAAUUAAGUUCAAGAGUAAUAAGUACUUGGGGUGGAUGUACAAAUUGGAUAAUUUGGGGAUUGAAACCAGAGGAAUUGAAAGAGUAUCGCCGGCAGAACGUAAGCAGAUCCAACAGCUGAAAAAACACUCUAGGCUUGAACAGUUUAUAAAUGUUGCUGGGUUGUGGUUUGCAGCUUGCGGUGGGUUAACUUCGAUGUCAAGCUUUUUCUUGCCAACGCUAUCGUUUGGAUUAAAUUUACGAGAUGCUUUAGUUAGUGGAUUGAUUGCAAUGAUAAUUGGUUGUUUGGUACCGGCCUACACUUCCACAAUGGGGUCCAAAUCUGGCUGCAGGCAAAUGGUGAGUGCCAGGUUUUUGUUUGGUAAUUGGGGGGUGAAGUUUGUUUCAUUAAUAUGUAUAGUUGGUGGAAUUGGAUGGUCGAUUGUUAAUUGUGUAUUAGGAGGACAAAUUUUAAGUGCAAUCAAUAACGAUGUUGAUUUAGCGGUUGGAAUAGUUGUUAUAAGUAUCAUAAGUUUGAUUAUUGCGGUUUUUGGAAUCAGAGUCUUACUUAAGUUCCAGACGAUCUUAGCAAUUCCAAUCACAAUUGCAGUUAUGUUAUUCUACGUGGUUGUUUGUCAAAAAUCAGGUUAUCUCCAUGAUAGUAACAAGCUGGUUCAAGAUUUGAACACCGACUCAGUCACGUCCAGAGGUAACUGGUUGUCUUUUUUCACAAUUGGUUAUUCGGUUACUGCCACUUGGGGGUCUGGUGCUUCCGACUAUUAUAUUUUAUUCCCUGAAGAUACUCCAUCUUAUCAAGUGUUUUUAAUGACUUUCUUGGGUAUCAGUGUGCCCACCACUUUUGUUGCAAUCAUUGCCACAAUCUGCGGGACCAUUGCUUAUAGCUAUCCCCCUUGGAACAAGGCUUACGAAUCAUAUGGCGUAGGUGGAUUAUUGAAUGCUGCUUUUGACCAUUGGGGUGGGUUUGGGAAAUUCGUGGUUGUUAUCUUGUUUUUAUCAUUGGUUUGUAACAACAUCAUGAACACUUAUUCGUGUGCGUUUGAGUUUCAAUUGAUUGAUCGUCACUUAGCCGUUGUUCCUCGUUGGUUGUGGGCCACUUUAGUCACGGUCAUCUAUUUGAUCUUAUCAUUAGUUGGUAAAAAUCAUUUUUCCACAAUCAUUGGCAACUUCUUGCCGAUGUUGGGCUAUUGGAUCUCCAUGUAUAUAACCUUGUUGCUAGAAGAAAACCUUUUAUUCCGCUCAUCCCAGAAGAUGAAGAAACUCCAUUAUAAAGAGUACGGUUUUGAAACUUGUUCAAGUUUUUCAACCGACAUUGAAAAAAAUGGCCCCGUCGAUGCUCCCGUCGGUUCUUGGUUGUACUUGUACAACUGGGACAAAUGGAACAAGCCGGAAAAUAUCACCUUUGGCUUCGCUGCUGCCAUUGCCUUCUGCUGUGGUGUUGUUGGUGCUGCCAUGGGAAUGAGCCAGGUUUACUACGUCGGACCAAUUUCCCAGUUGGUGGGUAACGGGGACAUUGGGUUUUGGUUGGCAAUGGCCUUCUCCGGCGUCUCCUAUCCGCUAUUGAGAUACGUGGAGCUCAAGCGCUUCGGCAAAUAGCUUUCUAUAUAAUUAUAUAAUAAUGGAUCCUUUAUAGACUGAAUAUAAUUUUGCAACCGAAG